GAUAGACAUCACUGUCAAAGCGAGUGGAGUACUGUGUAUUGAUUUAUGAUGUUUGCGUUUCACGGUUAGGAAUGUUGGUGAUUCCCUGAUUGAGUCAUUAAAAAGUGAGGAAGUUGCGCAAUUUGGUUGUUGGCUAUGGUGUGCAGUCUCACUCUAAAAGUUGUAUUUUAUUAACUCCAGAAAUUUGGUUCUGCACUGUCAGCUAAGUCAACAUGGGGAAAGGAAAAAAAAAGAAAACUGGGACCGGUAAAGAGGAGGCCAGUGCUACAUCACAGAGACCUCCAGCAAAAGAAGAAGAGGCAGAAGGCGAUGAGGAGGCAUCAGGUGGACAAGCGCUAUCUAGAAAAGACAAGCGAGCUGCCAAGAAAGCGGCAGCGAAACAGGCGCGGGUGGGGGCCGAUGUCAGCAGCGGAACUACAGCGGCCGCAGCCAGUACUCUGACGCCGCCGGAGAGCUCGCCGGCGCAAACACCGGUCACAUCGCAACCGGAGAGUGCUCCAGCACCGCAGCAGCCGCCACCGGAGGUACCUCCGACACCGCAGCAGAGACCAGUGCCGCCUCCACAGGUGCCAAGUCCAGAGAGGGAAUUCGCACCUCCCGCGCCCGGCGGCCGCGGUUACGGCAGAGGUCGGGGUCGCGCCGAGAGAGGCGGCGGAGACGGUGACGUGCGUCCCUUUUCUCCGCCACAAGAGGCUGCAGUUGGUGGCUCAUCUGGUCAGUGGCAGCAACAGGGUCCUCAGCCAGGUAGAGGCAGAGGACCAGGGGAGAGAGGCAGAGGGAGAGGGAGAGGAGAUGGCGGGGGCAGAGGAAGAGGUGGUCCACCGUCAGGAGAUGCUUUUCCCAGUCUGGGGGCUCCCAGUGGUGUCUGGCGGCAACAGCAACCUCCCACACAGCAGGUGUUACCGACGGGACCUCCACCACCUCAACAGCAACAGCAGCCACCUCAGCAGCCGGUGCCAAAGCAACAACCGGCUCCACCUCAGCAGCCAGCACAGGCCCAGAAAGCCGCUGCUGUCACCGAGAAGAUGAAGAGUUUGUCGUUAGACACCUUUAAUAUACCAGUUCGGCCUGACAUCAACAAAGGUGGUACAUUGGGCAGGAAGACAGAAGUAGACACAAAUCACUUGAGGCUUGACUUCAGGCGCCUCAAGACCAAGACUGCCAUCCAUUACGAUGUGGAGAUCUUGCCUGAGCGACCUAAACGUCUGUUUAGGACUGUUGUUGAAGAAUUUCGAAAGCAGUUUUUCCCCAAUAGAUACCCAGCAUUUGAUGGGAGAAAGAACUUAGUUGCUUCAAGCUAUCUUCCACAUCUUCCGCCAGGUGAAGAAUUUGUUAGGCAGGUAACAGUCACAGACGUAGAAAGAGACGCAAAAAAAGAGUUCACAGUCAAAGUGAAGUUAGUCAAUGAAAUUGAUUUGACUUGCCUGGAACGCUACAUGGAAGAGGGAUAUAACCUAGAUUUGCCACAAAAAGCUAUUCAGAUGCUGGAUAUUGUGAUACGGAAUGCACCGGCACAGCGGUUUAUACAGGUUGGCCGCUCAUUUUUCACACAGCCAGAAGAACCUAUUCCACUAGGAAAUGGAAUGCAUAUGUGGCUGGGAUUUUAUCAGAGUGUAAUUCUCGGUUGGAAACCAUUUCUGAAUGUUGACGUGGCACAUAAAGGAUUCCCGGCACCAAAAGAUGUUAAAUCGAUUAUGGAAGAAGUCUUAGGAUCUCAGUAUAGUCGAUUCGAUCCCGACAGGGAGUUGACUAAAGAACAAGAAACAGAUUUAUCGGCAUUCCUCAAAGGUCUCAAAGUGGAAUACAAGCUGCCAAACCAGAGUGCAUCAAAACGCACAUAUCGCGUCAAUUCUGCCAAGUCGAGUGCCCUCAGGCUCGAUUUCAAGUUGGAUGAUGGUAGACAGAUAACAGUGGCGGAGUACUUCAAAAGAGAGAAGAAUUAUACAUUGAGGUAUCCCAAAUUGCCAUGCCUUCACGUUGGGUCAUUAAAUCGACCCAAUCCAAUUUUCUUACCAGUGGAGCUGUGCACCAUACUACCAGGACAAGUUACAUUCCGAAAGAUGACUGAACAGCAAACAUCAACUAUGAUCAGAUAUGCUGCGACUUCGACUGAUAAUAGGAGGCAGAAGAUUAAUACUGCUAUCCAUCAAGCUAACUUCAACAAGGAUAAUGGUAUCCAAGAAUUUGGAAUUGUUAUCAGUGAUCAGUUCGAGAGUGUCAGUGCAAGAAUUUUGGAUGCCCCACGCAUAGCGUACAACAAUCAAAAAGAAGUCCUACCCAAGAGAGGCGUGUGGCGAGCUGAACAUUUCCUGAGGAGCACUCCGCUGAGGAAUUGGGUUAUCAUAAAUUUUGGCGUAAACAUCAGAGUCGAUGAAUUGUGGUCAUUUGCUAACCUGAUGACGUCUGUGGGAAGUUCAUUGGGAAUGUCUAUCGAUAGACCACAAAAUUUAUUGGUAAUGGAUAGAAGAGACCCUGCUUCCAAAUUGUAUGGCCUCCUUUCAGAUUGUAAAAAGUCUGGAACGGAACUCGCCGUCGUGGUUAUUGACGACAAACGUGGUGUCUACUCUCAGGUGAAACAGUUUGCUGAACUGAAAGUUGGUGUCCUUACACAGUGCCUCAAGAGGAGGACAGUUUCACGCCAAGAUCGCGCUACAGUCUCAAACAUCUUACUGAAGAUAAAUUCUAAACUAAAUGGUGUGAAUCACAAAUUGUCACCUCCUGUCAGACCUCCAUGUCUCAAAAGACCAGUAAUGAUCAUAGGGGCAGAUGUAACGCAUCCAUCGCCAGACCAGCGAAAUAUUCCGUCGGUGGCAGCAGUUUGUGCAAGCCACGAUCCAGAUGCCUUCCAGUACAAUCUUCAGUACCGUCUGCAGUCACCGAGACAAGAAAUUAUUCAAGAACUGAAGGAAAUAAUGCUUAGCCAACUAAAGUUUUUCUACAAAAAGACGGGAGGUCUCAAGCCAGAGCGCUUGAUAUUUUAUAGAGAUGGAGUGAGUGAAGGUCAAUUUGCAGUGGUUCUCAGAGAAGAGUUGAAUGCAAUAAAGGCUGCCUGCCGUACCUUGGCUGGAACUGGGACAUAUGAACCUGCCAUUACUUUCUUGGUUGUACAGAAGCGUCAUCAUACACGUUUUUUUCCAAAAAGACCAGAAGAUUCAGAUGGCAAAAAUAACAAUGUUCCAGCAGGAACUAUUGUAGAUACUAAAAUAACACAUCCCAGGCACAUUGAUUUUUACCUUGUCAGCCACGCAAGUAUACAGGGUGUAAGCCGACCGACAAAAUACCGUACGCUGUGGGAUGAUUCCAAUAUGAGUGUGGACGAGCUGGAGCAGUUGACAUAUUACCUAUGUCACCUGUUCUCAAGGUGCACUCGCAGCGUUUCGUAUCCUGCUCCAACGUACUAUGCCCACCUCGCGGCGUACCGAGCACGGACUUAUAUUGAAGGACAACCUAUAGACCUGGACAAAUUGUCAGAAGAACAAGCUCAGAGAGACAUUAAAGACAACAUUAUCAAAGACUUUCCAAUGUUUUUUGUAUAAUCUUGGAUUUAUAUAUACUGAAAUAUUGUUUUAAAACUGUCAUAAUUAUGACUCCAUCAUACAGCAGUGUGUUAGUAUUAUGCUGUUUUUGUAAUUUAUGAAGUUUUAAUUUACUGUUAACAAUUAUUGUGGAAUUCUAGGUAACAUGACUUCCGCAACUUUUUAAUGGCUGAGGAAGUAGUGUACUGUGGAAAUGGAAUGGAAUUAGCUUUCUAAUAAAACUUUUUGCUUGCAUAA